CCAUUGUGGCACCAGUAAAUAUCAAUGGAGGCGGUGGAAGCAGAUCGGAACUUGUCAUUACGUGGGAGUCCAUUCCAGAAGAACUACAGAAUGGAGAGGGGUUUGGAUAUAUCGUUAUGUUCCGGCCAGUGGGCUCAACAACCUGGAUGAAAGAAAGGGUAGCACUUGUUGAAUCAUCAAGGUUCAUCUACAGAAAUGACAGCAUCAUGCCCCUGUCUCCCUUCGAAGUCAAGGUGGGAGUGUACAAUAAUGAAGGAGAAGGAUCCCUGAGCACAGUGUCCAUUGUCUACUCUGGAGAAGAUGAACCUCAGCUGGCCCCAAGAGGAACUUCUGUCCAGAGUUUUUCUGCUUCUGAAAUGGAAGUUUCCUGGAAUGCCAUUGCUUGGAAUAGGAACACUGGAAGAGUACUGGGCUAUGAGGUCUUAUACUGGACAGACAACUCUAAAGAAUCCAUGAUUGGUAAGACUAGAGUCAGUGGAAACGUCACAACCAAGAACAUUACAGGGCUAAGAGCUAAUACAAUUUACUUUGCCUCCGUGAGAGCCUACAACACUGCAGGGACAGGACCCUCAAGUCCCCCCGUCAACGUCACCACCAAAAAGUCCC